AUGGAAUUAGAAAAGAAAGAAGAUUAUUGCAGCAGUUUGGUGGACCACCAGCUUGAUGAAGUUAAAAUAUUGUGUUAUUUACUUGAAGAUUCUGUUCCAAUACUUUUGCUAAUCUAAAAAUUGGGUGGUCUGUCACCAGAGAUGCCAUGCCAAGUUGGUGAACACAUCAAGAAUUGAAAGCUGAAAUUUGGCUCUAUCGUCCAAUAUUCAUCUUUUGAUCUCAAACCCAAAUGUCAGUUAGUGUAUAACAAAGAGAGCAAUACUGGUCUUGCCAUUCCAAUAGUUUCCAUUUUCUGUACCAUUUAUCCGACGUACACAGGGUUCUGGGAGCCUGGAGCCUAUCCCAGGGGACUCGGGGCAUGGGAUACCCUGGAUGGGGUGCCAACCCAUCGCAGGGCACAAGCUCUCACACACACACACACACCCAUUCACACAAUUUGGAAAUGCCAGUCAGACUACAGCGCAUGUCUUUGGACUGGGGGAGGAAGCUGAAGUGCCUGGAGGAAACCCCCAAGGCACGGGCAUAACAUGCAUACUCCGUGCACACACGCUGGAGGCGGGAAUCAAACCCCCAAACCUGGAGGUCCGAGGCAAACCUCCAGAUGGUGACUUAGACCCCCUGCCCCCCUAUGCACUGUUAUCGUAAAUAUGAAAAAAUGUCGAUAUCAAACAACUUUUGACCCAUGUUCAAUUAUUUAUGCCCAAAUUUAAGUUUGGUAUUGUUUAUUUCCUGUCACAUUAUACAACCAAAAGCUUGUGGACACCUGACCAUCACAAUCAUAUGUGCUUGCUGAACAUCCCAUUCCAGAUUUAGUCCCUACUCUUCUUAGUCUCCAUUCUUCUGGGAAGGCUUUCCACUAAUUUAUCAUCUUUUUUUUGUGUCUGUAAAACUGAUAACCAUCCAGCAGGAGCUGUCAGGUAUUGGAACAUUAUGUACAGACACAAAUUCCUCAUAAGAUAGUAAAUUACAAUCAUUUCCGAUUUCCAGUACUUCUUUUAAUCCACGUGUGGACUAACUAUACGUGCACUUCUAUACAAAUAAUUCUAGAGGAUUGCUUUGUGAAGAGAAAAGUUAUGCACAUAACACAACUUCCAAGCUGAAAGGGACUGUUGGUGAAAUGUUGAUGAUUUUACAGGUAAUUUGGAAGCCAUCUAAUUACAUUUUAGCAAAAGUUCCAAACUUCCGACUUCAUCAAAAACUGCAUUAGGGGCCAAAAAUUCAUGACUAACUAAACUUUUUUCCCACUUGUUAAUUCAGUAUUAAUAAUGUCUACAACUACAACCAAACCUUAAGGCCACCUUCUGGUCUUCUACUAGACUGUGUGCAUUUCAAAAAAUUAGAAUAUUGUGGAAAGGUUUGAUUUAUUUUAUUUCAAAAAGUGGAACUUUGAUAUAUUUUAGAUUCUAAAGCCGAGGAAAUACACUGGAAAAUACUUCAUAAUAUUAAUCCCUGUUGAUUUAAACUCUCAAAAUAUAAAGAUGUAAAUGUUUCAUGUGUUUUCUGUCAUAUGAAUCAUGAAAAUGACAUUCGGCUGUUUAAUUAUUUAGUUGUAAACAAAUUCUGGAAGGACAUGCGUACUUUUGUAUAUGAAAAAGCAAAAUUGAAAUGAGUGGUCUUUUUUCCUCUGUGAAAAUGUGAUCUGUUAUUCUGUUAUAAAGGAAAAUGUGUCAUUUACAUACAGGUGCGACUCAAAAAAAAAUUAUAUUGUGGAAAAGUUCAUUUUUUUCCCCGUAAUUUUAUUCAAAAAGUGGAACUUUCAUAUAUUCUAGAUUCAUUAGAUUAGGGAAAACAUACUUGGUUAUUGGAAGUAACCAUGACUUCUUCCAGCUUUUAUCUCGGUGAUAUUUACUUCUUGGGAGUCACAGUAUUUCUCCUUUGCAGGAAAGAUUUCACAUAUUUGUUGUUGCAUGUUUCAUCAAGUACAGAUAUACACUGUAUGAUCAAACGUAUGUGGACCCCUGACCAUCACACCCAUAUGUGGUCCUUCCCCAAACUGUUACCACAAAGUUGGAAGCACACAAUUAUAUAGAAUGUGUUUGUACGCUGUAGCGUUACUAUUUCUCUUCACCUAAACAAAGAUUCCCAAACCUGUUCCAGCAUGACACAAAGUGCACAAAGCGAGCUCCAUGAAGACAUGGUGUGUUAAGGUUGGAAGAAGGUGGAAGAACUCCAGUGUCCUGCACAGAGUCCUGUCCUCAACCCCACUGAGCACCUUUGGGAUAAAACGGAACUGGAGCCUCUGAACUGGAACAUCCCAACAUCAGUACCUGACCUCAACCUCACUAAUGCUCUUGUAGCUAAUGAACACAAUCCCCACAGGAAAGUCUAUAAUAAGUAGAGCUUAUUAUAACAGUAAAUGGGUAUGGGAUGUUCAGCAAGCACAUACUGGUGUGAUGAUCAGGUGUCCACAAACAUUUGUCUAUAUAGUAGUAUAUCUUCUAUAGUAGAAGUUUUGACAGAGGAGGCUUUUAAUCAGCUGAUAAAGUUGAACUACGCAGUCCUUUUUCAUGCUCACUGACGUCAGUAUGAUUAUUACCGUAAAACUUGGAGCGUAUUGCGCACGAAAAAAAGGGAGAACUCUGAUAAUACAUUACACUAUAAAAGUACGUACACUAUUAAACGGUUAAUCAACUCAUAUCAGUUAAACACUACGUACUGCUUGAAUGCCUAGUGCGCAAAAACGACAGAAAUUGUGUUAACGAAGGAAGCUAUACUACUGUAACACCGGUAAUCCCUGAGCCGCAGUUGCACCUCGUGUUUAUUUUUGAGACAUUGCGCACACUUCAUUAGACUCAUCCUGUCCCACAGAGCAGGGCAUCUCCAGCUUUCCUCAGGUACAGCAGCUUUGUUUUGUUGAGGGGGUCGUUUUUGUGUGCAAAACGUUAUACAUUAAGGAAAUAGCUGUGAAGGUGAAAACGGAGUUCAUGCCAGAUUUCGAGCAUUUCCGAUUUUCCUACUCUAGAAUGAAUCCCAGUUUGGGGGAGAGCGGGUACGCGGUCCAACAGCCGCAGAAUCCCGGGACGAGUUUAUCAGACUCGGAGCCCGGUUACGCAUCAACCGAGCCGGGGUUUUGCUUUGGACAAGAUAGUUUGGAUUCGGGAACUCUGUCUAACAGCUUUGCGUAUUUACAUCCGAGCGGCUCUCUGCACCGCGCAUCCCUUCCUCCUCUUCCUCUUCUUCCUCCUCCUCCUCCUCCUGCGGCGGCUCUGCGCAACGAUCUGGGCUCCAACAUCAGCGUCCUGAAGACUCUGAACCUGCGAUUCCGCUGCUUCUUGGCCAAAGUGCAUGAGCUAGAGCGCCGGAACAAAGCCCUGGAGAAUCAGCUUCAGCAGGCCAGGGAGGCCAAUAAUAAUGAGACAGGAUGUGGACAAGGUAAACGAAAUAUCCACUCAGGACCGGAGUUUAUAGCGAAUGCAAAUGAUUCUGCAUAUUUAACCAGGACUACACUUAACGGCACUGGACACUUCAUGCCCAGAAACAAGAUACUGGCUGGAAAUUUGGACUCAGCAGGUAUGAUGGACUCAAAUUCCAAUCUUUCCCCACCUCCCCCCCUUAACCCUGUAUCUCCAGUUGAUCCCAAGUCCAUCUCGAGUAUCAGCGGAACAGAAAGGUUUGCCAGCUCCACUCCUCAGGCUCUUCCCUCCUCAAUUUGGUUUCACAACCCCCCUGGGAGGUUCAACAACAGCUGGGAGUUGAGGGUUUCGGGUCCCAGAGUGUCAUGGCCAUACCAGGAUGGGGUUGGGGUUCAGAUCGACACCAUUACACCGGAACUCCGGGCCCUUAAUAAUGUACUGGCCAAAGUGAAGCUGGAAAGGGAUGAAUACAAGCAAAGGUGGGAGGAGGAGUAUGCAGUAAGAGUGGACCUACAGGAGAAGAUUGCAGAACUAGAAGAGGACCUGUACAUGAGCGAGAUGUGUCAGGAUAAGCUUGCUCUCCGAGUAAAGCAGCUGAAGGCUGAGCUCAUCGUCUUCAAGGGCCUCAUGAGCAGCAACCUCUCAGAGUUGGACAGUAAGAUCCAAGAGAAGGCCAUGAAGGUAGACAUGGACAUAUGCCGUCGGAUUGACAUCACUGCACGCCUGUGCGAUGUAGCCCAGCAACGGAACUGUGAGGACAUGACUCAGAUCUUCCAGCAGGUGGCUACACCUCCCUCAACACUGACCCGCUGUUAUUGCAAACAGGCCUCACAGACCAAUAAGCCCAACCAUGGUGAGGACUCGGUCAACAGUUCUGAGAACGAGGAGGGCUUGAACAAAGAGGCAGAGCUGUGUGGCUCAUUGACCAAUCCAGUUAAUGAAGAAAUGCAGAGGAUGCUCAACCAACUGCAUGACUGUGAGUUUGAGGAUGACUGUGAUAGUCUGGCAUGGGAAGAAACAGAAGAAACCUUACUGCUCUGGGGAGAUUUCCCAGGAUGCACAUUAGCUGUGGACAGUAAUGGGGAGCAGGAUGAGUCCAUAGAGACUGUGAUAAAGGACACAGAGUCUAUGUUCAAGUCUCGUGAGAAGGAAUACCAAGAGACCAUAGACCAGAUUGAGCUGGAGUUGGCAACAGCAAAAUCAGAUAUGAACAGGCACCUGCAUGAGUACAUGGAGAUGUGCAGUAUGAAGAGGGGCCUGGAUGUGCAGAUGGAGACAUGUAGGAGGCUCAUCACUCAGAGCGGAGACAGAAAAUCUCCCCUUCCAAUUUCUGUGACGUUGGAGGAUGCAGAGGAAGGAGAUAAAGAAGGCAAGUCUUCUCUCAGACGAUGCCAGCAUUGAGUCAUGCUGUGACAAAAAAAUCUAAAUAACCCUCCUGUUGCUCACCUACCUUGGACGAAGUCCUAACACAUUCUUGUGUCUAUAGAACAGUUAUUUUCUUUGACACCACAUACACAUUAUACCGAGGUUGGGGCAACACCUCAAAUAUCUUACCUACCAUAGUUUCACAAAAGACACUAGUGCCCUCCAUUGGCACAGAUUAUUAUUACAUGCUAACAAUUUAUUCAUAAUUUACUUGAAUAUCACUUUAAAGCUACAAGAUGUAGCUUCCCUUCUAAUAAAAUGCUACUUGCAGAAGAAUAUUUCAUAACAGGGGUUGUGAUGUGUCACGCAAAACAAAGACCAGUGUCUGGAUGGAAGAAUCAUUGACACUUCAAAGUCAGAGAACAAGAAAUUGCUUCAAACUACAGAUGUAACCAAAUAUGGAUACAAAUUUGAACAAAAGGCGAAAUAUUUUUUAAAAAUUGAUUUACAAAGCUUCAGACAGGGUUUGUGUAUUCGGACUAGGAUCACACAGGAGGUUUUUACUUUUAUGUGGAGCUUUAAAGGACAGCCUGGGAAACCUGUGGGGAGGGUUGCCAGGUUUCAGGAAAAUUCCAACCCAACAAAAACUUGAAACUAUCCCAAAUUAUUCAAGUGUAUGUUUUUGUCAAUAUUUUGGGGGGAACAACUUAACAGUGGUGUGCGUUUCUGAUUUGCCUUCCAUACCUGCAAUAUGUGGACAUUUUAUGCUGCACCUGGCAACCAAUUUUGACUGCCAGAAACACUUUAGGUGCUUUAUCACAGAUGAUCUGAUGACGUGUCCAGUGAACGUUUCUGAUCUUUCUAGAAUACAACAAACUGAAGUAAAUCUGGUCAAAUAUUAUUAGAUGGUUAUUGUUGUCAACUGUAGCAUAGAUAAUAAUAAUUCUUGAUUUUGGAAAGACUUCAUUGCUUUGAAAUGUAAUUAGCUUACUUACUUAGUCAUAGUAGACCGAACAUAGAAAGCUUUGCACAGGACAUCUGGUUCACGAGUUCAAUACUGUUAUGUUCACAAAUUCCUAUUUGCUGUUAUAAUUUGUGAAUGAAAAAAUGACUUAUUUUUCCAACUGCCCUGUUUUUUCAGUGUUUUGACCAGUGUUUCCAAGGCACAUGGCAAAGUUAUCAUUAAAAAACGUAAAUUAUAGACCAUGCCCACUGCUGGUUUAACUCCGAAUAAGAAAAUAGAUACCAAUAUUGUGAGCACUAAACAGACACAGAUGCAAAUACGGAUAAUGGCAUUGCAUUACACCCCUACUGCAAACAGGAGAAAGCUUAGAGACAUGUGCACUACUAGCUAAUACACAAGGUCUUGUUGAAGGAGAACAGAUUGCCUCUGUUAUGAUCUGCUUACAGACUUAAUUGGGAUUUUAAGCCAUUUUAUAUUAGAAAACAUGUCCAAAAUAUUUGCACAAUAGGUUUAUUGUGACAUAAAGGUUCAUUUUAAAAAGCAGACAUUUAUUUGUAGCUUUGGCAGUAUGCUUAGGGUCAUAGUGCUAUUGGAAGGUGAAGCACCGCCUCAGAAACAGAUUUUCUUCUAGGAUUGCUUUGUAUCUGGUUUCAUCCAUCUAGCACUCACCCCUGACCGGUUUUAGAGCCCCUGCUGAUGAAAGGCAUCCUCACAACAUGAUGCUGCCACCACCAUGUUUCACUGUGGGGAUGGUCUUUUCAAGGCUUCUUGCACAUUUCCAUUUUCCAACUUCCACAUCUAACACAUUCCCAGUUUUGCCGAGUCUUUUAUUGUUGUCCUGUGAACAGGUUCUGCCAUCUCUCCAGAUUCUUCAGAGUUAUCCUUGGCCUCUUUGGUUGCUUCUCUGAUUAACACCCUCUUUACCCAGUCAUUGGCUUUUGGUGGACAGCCUCCUGUAGGCAGUGUCAUGACUGUACCUUGUUCUUUUCAUUUUUAAAUAAUGGAUUUAAUAAUGUUCCAUGGCAUGUUCAAAGUUUGGGAUAGAUUUUGUUUAAAUAACCAAACCCAGAUUGAUUCUUGUCUUGAACAUUUGUAGAACUUGUUUUAAUAGACCUUUGUCUUCAUGAUGCUGUUUGUUUAUGAAUGUUCUCGGUGUAUGUGACUUGUCAUACUUACCGGGAGAACCAGAAUUCAGGGUUUUCAGAGAAAUGGGGGUGAAUACUUAGGCAGUCAGUUUCACAGUUUUAUUUUUUGUAAAUAAUUUUGCAAACUGUAUUUUCAUCCCACUUUUUAUAUAUGGGUUUUUGUUUUGUUUAGAUUCAAGACAUGCACCUAUAUGGCAAAACAUUAUCACGUCCUGACUAAUAUGCUGUUGGUCUUCUGUGUGCUGUCAAAACAGCUCUGACCCGCUGAGGCAUGGACUUUACAAGACCUCUGACGGUACCCUGUGGUAUCUGGCACUAAGAUGUUAGUAGCAGAUCUUUUAAGUCCUGUAAGUUGCAAGGUGAAGCCACAAAUCGGACUUGUUCUAGUACAUCCCACAGAUGGUUGAUGAGAUUGAGGCCAGGGCAACACGUUGAACUCUUUGUCAUGUAUUGCAAACCAUUCCACACUGUGUGCAGUGUGGCAGGGCACAUUAUCCUGCUGAAAAAGGCCACUGCCAUCAUGGAAUACCACUGCAACAAUUGGUCUGCAACAAUGUUUAGGUCAAAUUGGCAUUAACAUGAAUGACAAGACCCAGGGUUUUUCAACAGAACAUUGCCCAGAGCAUCACACUGCCUCCUCCGGCUUGUCUUCUUCCCAUAGUUCAUCCUGGUGCCAUCUCUUCCCCAGAUAAACGACGCAUGUGUACCCAGCCGUCCAUGUGAUGUAAAAGAAAAUAUGACUCAUUGGACCAAGCCGCCUUCUUCUAUUGCGUCAAGGUCUAGUUCUGACACUCACCUGCCCAUUGUAGGCCCGUUGUUUUCCAAUAGUGUACAAGGGUUAGCAUGGACACUGUGACCAGUCUGUGGCUUAUGCAUCUCCAUACGCAGCAGGGUGCGAUGCACUGUGGGUUGGGACACAUUUCUCCCAUAACCAUCAUUAAAAUUUUCUGUUCAGACCAGACAGGAUAGACUUUGUUGCCCUUGCUCUCACCCAGUCGUCUGGCUAUAGGGAUUUGGCCCUUGUCAAAGUCCCUAAGGUCUUUAACUCCACCUAUUUCUCCCACAUACAUCAUGUCGACUAUGAGAACCAACUGUACACUUACUGUGUAAUAUAUCACAGACCUUGACAUGCACUAUUAUUAUGGUUGUACCACUCCAAAAUGUGGUAUGGGUCAAGGGGAUGAAUACUUAUGAAAGGCACUGUAACACUUAAAUUGCUGAGCUAAGAAGCAUCCAGGUGUCAGGUGAACAUAGUUUUUGCAAAUGCACCUAAAGAAGUGAGUAAAUGUGUUUUCUGCUGCAGCUUUGCUGCUAUCAAAAUAUUUUUACAGAUUAUUUUACAAUUUAUGCCAGACUCACAGUAUAUAAGAUAUAUAAAUCUAGCAUCUAAUGAGUGCUAGCAGUUAGGCAUCUUUGCACAUCUUUGUUGUAUUCCAGGGACAUAGUUCAGAAUUUACUAAUCUAAACUACUUAUAGAAAUAGUUAGAAAUACAGGGCUCCCGAGUGGGGCAACAGAAAAGCGUUCACCUUAUCGUCCGGAGAUCACAAGUCGAAUCCCAAUGAUGCCACAGCUAUCUGUGGCCAGGAGUCAGAGAGAGCAAAAUUGUCCAUGCUCUCAGGGAAGGAGGGGUGGCGUACUCUCUCUCUCAACUAUCAAUCACAGCAACACUAGCCAAUCAUGGUCUGCUUGUAGAAGUGGGUGGAUAGCGCGCCUAGUGUUGAAUGAGCAGCAGUUCGAUAAGAUGCUGUCAGCUGGGUGUCUCAGAGGAAUCAUGUGAUCGUCUUCACGUUCCCUGGUUGGUAGCUGUGUAUGACAGAGGAGACCUAACUGGCCAUGAGUAAUUUAGGGAGAAAAUUUGUGGAAAAUGCAUGCAGUUAAAAAUAGCUACAAAUAGCACAUUCGAAACUAACUGAAGAAGAAAGCAGAAAUCAUCCAAGUCAGCAGUGAAUCAAUGCUAAAUAUACUAUGAAAUAAUAAUGUAAAUAACUAUUUUAAAACAUUGUGUGUACAAUAUCCAGCAUUAUUAUUUUUUCCUGUCCUUUGGUCCAGAUAUCCAGAACACAUUGUCUAUUUGUUGCAGUUCAGCUAGGUUUAUGCCUCACAGGUCAUUUUAGCAGCUUAGACAGCGUCUUCUUUCGGUUUCUGCAGCUGGGUUAAUUUGUGCAGUUUCAAAUGAGUUCCUCACUUACUGAAACUAACCACUCAGACGGGGCAAAUGGGUUUGAUUUAAACACACUGAACACUACAUAUUGUAUGGGAAUGCAACCUCUGGCAAUACUUUAGCAUUAAGAACUCCCAUAAAAUAAGUAAAUAUGUUUAAAAACCCUAAUUCGGGUUCUUCAAAUAUCUUGAUUAAUAUAGUCAAACUGAGCUGUUUGAGAGAACUCUGUGCUCCCAUUUUCCAAAACCAUGAUUUAAAAAAAUCAGUUAAAAAUAGGCUAUGGUUUGCACAACAUUUUUUUCUGAUCUAAAGUGCACAAUUUAGUAAAUUACUAAGGGUAUUUUUUUUUUUUCAUAUGUUACAGAGAAACUGGGUUUGUAUGUUAUUAUCUAAUGGACUGUAUUAAGUAACUGACCCUGUAGAACUGUAGAAGAACUGUAGCAAGUUCUCCAGGAAGUUUAGAACAACCUACCAGACAAUUUCUUUAGAAAACUGUCAAAUACCUAGAAAAUUUAAAUGACCAAAUGGUAAGUUAUUUAUUUAUGUUUAGUUAUUAUGUAAGUUAAUACAACCAAUAAGAAAAUAUCAAAUAAUAAUUGACCUUGCAUUUAAAACGUAAAUAAAUGGUAAGUUAUUUAUUUAUAUUUUAAAUGCAUGGUCAAUUAUGAUUUGAUAUUUUUUAUUGGUUGUUUUACUGUUUAUUUAAAUUCUUUAGUAUGUUUUUGUGCUAUAGUGGAUAUGGACUUUACUGUAACAAGUGCAAAUGUAUAUUUUGAAAUGACAUAUGGCCCAGGCUAAAAGUGUAUAUCCUGAACACGAGCCUUAAUAGAUGACCUCUCAUAACGGUAAGUUAUGAUGAUUGGACUUUUGGUAUAAUCUUGAAGACAUUUUGUCACUGAACAGAACUGAUGAUGAGUGACAAAACAAUAUUAUAAUAAACUUUUGUUGCUUUGGCCUUCUCGACAUUUUACAGUGACAUGGAAGAAUGAUUGUCAUUUUAUUCAAUUGUAUGGUAGUAAUUGUGAUGUCCGUUUGCUGGCUGUAUGGAGUUCCACGUGUAUCCCUACAUACAGACUCCUGAUGACAAAAACAAUCUGCUUUAGAAAACGUAUCCUUCCUUCUUCUUGUCUACAGAAAACUCAUCUCAUAACUCCUCUUCAGAUACUGGUGAAAAGUCCCUGGGUCUCUUAAUCUCUAUACUGCCAUAAUGUUUUCUUUUGUUUGUUUGUUUUUUUGCACUCUGAACUGCAUUGUUAUAUCUGUCCUCCUAAUUCUAAUGGUAUUAUUGUAUACUCAUUGUUAUUACACAUCAACUCCAGUCACUACUACUGCUUCUGGUUUCAAUCCAUCUACAGUGGUGUGAAAAUCUGAUUUCUGUUUUUGUGUAUCUCUUAUACUAAAUAAUUUCAGAAAUUAAAACAAAAUUUAAUAUAAAACAAAGACAACCUGAGUAAACACAAAAUACAGUUUUUAAAUGAUAAUGUUAUUUAUUGAAGCAAAAAAGUUAUCCAGUAUCAACUGUGUGAAAAUGUAUUUGCCCCCAUAGUUACUAAUUCCGCAAAUCUCUGAAACUGCAUUCAUAAUGGGGUUCAGCUGGACUAGACACAACCAGGCCUGAUUACUGCAAACCCUGUUCAUUCAAAUCAUCACUUAAAUAGAACCUUUACAACAGCAUGAUGUGGGUUAAAAGGUCUUACCCAGUAACACACUAUGCCAAAAUUAUUCCAGAAAUUAUUAGGAAGAAGGUAAUUGAUAUACAUCAGUCUGGGAAGGGUUACAAAGCUAUUUCAAAGGCUCUGAGAUUCCAAAGAACCACAGUGAGAACAUUAUCUCCAAAUGGAAAAACUCGGCACAGUAGUGAACCUUCCCAGAAGUGGCUGACCUUCCAAAAUUCCUCCAAGAGCACAGCAACUACUCAUCCAGGAAGUCACAAAAGAGCCAAGGACAACAUCAAAGUUCCUACAGGCCUCUCUUACAUCAAUAAAGGUCACUGUUCAUCACUAUCAGAAAGACACUGGGCAAAAAUGGCAUCCAUGAAAGAGUGGCGAGGUGAAAACCACUGCUAACCCAGAAGGACAUUAAGGCUCGUCUGAACUUUGCAAAACACACCUUAAUGAUCCUGAAACCUUUUGGGAGAAUGUUCUGUGAACUGAUGAGUCGAAAGUGGAACUGUUUGGAAGACAGCGGUCUCAUUACAUAUCGAGGAAACCAAACACAGAAUUCUACAAAAAGUGUGAUGGUGUGGGGAUGCUUUGCUGCUUCAGGGCCUGGGCAACUUGCAGUAAUAGAGGGAAACAUGAAUUCUGCUCUCUAUCAGAAAAUCCUAAAGGAGAAUGUCCGGUCUUCAAUCCGUAAAUUGAAACUCAAGUGCAACUGAAUUAUGCAGCAAGACAAUGAUCCAAAGCAUAGGAGCAAAUCCUAGUCCUAGAAGUAAGUGAAAGACUGAUCUCCAGUUAUUAGAAGCUUUUGGUUGCAGUUAUUGCUGCUAAAGGUGCCACAACCAGAUUUGAAGUUUAAGGGGUAGUUAGUUUUUCACGUGGGUGGUGGGUGUUCGAUAACUUUUUUUUUGCUUCGAUUAAAUAAAUAAAUAAAUAAACCCUGUAUUGUGUGUUUACUCAGGUUGCCUUUGUUUUAUGUUGUAUUUUGUUUCAGAUCUAAAAGAUAUUUAGCAUGAGAUAUACACAAUAAACAGAAGAAAUCGGGGGCAAAGACCUUUUCACAACACUAUAUACUACUGCAACUUUUUGCACAUUUACUCUUCAGCGAAAUUUGCACUGAUUCGGUAUUAAUGCAUAUUUCAUGCACGUGUUGUCCUGUUUUCUCGUCUUACACUUUAUUUAGUGUACUAUGUACUAUUUAUUGUUGAAUGUUGAGCUGUACUGAACCCAGUUACACCAACAACAUUGUGUGAUAAUAAAAAAUCU